AUGGAUGCUGACGUCGUCACCUCGUUGCAACGACUACAGUUGGCCGGCCCUGACAUGUUACUUGAUGGCUAUGAUCAAUAUGCCAACCAUGACAAUGAGGUUGUCAACAUUUCUCCAGAUGAUGCCUCCGAAGAGCCUUCCGAGGCCCUCCCACGGGCUGAUGAUUUUGAGGCAAUGAAACGUCAUGUCCUUGUCGACCUUCCCGAUACCGAAGCUGAAGCAGAAAUAUAUCACACCUGGCAUAUUGAAAAAUGGAGGAACAUGCCAAGGAGAGAGCAUGGUCCUGUCUUUGAAUGUGGAGGUCACCCAUGGCGUGUCCUCUUCUUUCCCUAUGGCAACCAAGUUGACUGUGCUUCUUUCUACCUCGAACAUGGCUUUGAGGGUGAACCCCCUACCGACUGGUACGCCUGCGUUCAAUUCGCUCUGGUUUUGUGGAAUCCGAAUGAUCCAACUUUAUUUCGCUCACAUACCGCCACCCACCGUUUUAAUGCGAAGGAGGGUGACUGGGGUUUUACUAGAUUCGUGGAGUUGAGGAAGGCCUUCCAUCAACCCUGGGAGGACGGGACUAGACACCUAGUUGAGAACGACGAAGCAAAGUUGACAGCAUACAUCCGGAUAAUCAAAGACCCCACCGGUGUCCUGUGGCAUAAUUUUGAAGGAUAUGAUUCCAAGAAGGAGACCGGAAUGGUCGGCCUGAAGAACCAAGGCGCAACUUGUUAUCUCAAUUCCUUAUUGCAGUCUCUAUACUUCACAAAUGCUUUCCGGAAAGCUGUCUAUCAAAUCCCAACUGAAGAGGAAGCCAACCGCGGGAAUAGCGCCUGGACUCUCCAACGCCUAUUUUACAAAUUGCAGAAGGACAAAUUCGCCGUCUCCACCAACGAACUCACCGCUUCUUUUGGCUGGGAUACUCGGCAGAUCUUCGAACAGCAAGACGUGCAGGAGCUGUCCCGCAUCUUGAUGGAAGUCCUAGAAAAGAAAAUGAAGGAUACUCCCGCCGAAAGAACUUUGCCAGAGUUAUUCGUUGGUAAAACCAAAACAUAUAUCUCUUGCAUCAAUGUCAAUUUCGAGUCCUCGAGGAUUGAAGAAUUCUGGGACAUUCAACUCAAUGUUCGCGGAAACAAAAAUCUUCACGAGAGUUUUAUGGACUACAUCCAGGUCGAAACUCUUGAAGGUGAAAACAAGUAUGAUGCUGGCGAACCGUAUAAGCUUCAGGAUGCCAAGAAAGGUGUCAUCUUUGAAAGUUUCCCUCCUGUGCUGCACUUGCAGCUGAAGAGAUUCGAGUACGAUAUCAAUCGGGAUGCCAUGAUGAAGGUGAAUGACAGGCACGAGUUUCCUGAAGAAUUUGAUGCAUCCCUCUACCUGUCCGACGAUGCUAGAGCUGCUUCCACUGAGCCAUGGCUUUAUCAAUUGCACGGCGUUCUCGUCCACAGCGGCGACUUCAAUGCCGGUCAUUAUUACGCGUUCCUCAAACCCACAAAGGAUGGCUACUUCUUCAAAUUUGACGAUGACAGGGUCACUCGGUCUACCAUGAAAGAAGUCCUUGAAGAAAACUAUGGAGGAGAGUAUGCCAACGUAGCCAAUGGCGGACCAGGACAACGUCAACCAUAUAUGAGAGGCUACUCGACCAAGAGAUCCAUGAACGCAUACAUGUUGGUUUAUAUACGGAAAAGCAGGCUCGACCAGGUCUUGCUUGAAGUUAAUGAGACUGACAUGCCAUCCCAUAUUGAGACGCGAAUCACCGAAGAACAAGCUGAGCUUGCUCGAAAGAAAAAGGAACGUGAAGAAGCCCACCUCUACAUGAAUGUGGGUCUUAUCACGGAAAAGACUUUCCAGGAACACCAUGGUUUUGAUCUAACGAGUUAUGAUCUCGAACAAAGUGAUCCGGCCUCAGCACAAAUCUAUCGCCUGUUACGCACCAUGAAAGUUAGCGAGCUUGCGGCUCAAGUUGCAGGAGAGCUGGGACUCGAAUCCGAUCAAGUCAGACUUUGGGUCAUGGUGGGCAGACAAAACAAAACAAAUCGCCCAGACCAGCCAAUUAGGGAUGUCGACAUCACGAUGGAAGAGGCUCUGAAUAAAUAUGGGUCGAGGGGACGGCCCUUCUAUUUAUGGGCAGAAACCGCAUCGCCGGGAGAAGAUGGAAAAAUCGACUUCCCGGAUACCGCUCAAGCUGCUGGUGGAAACCUUCCGAUCUUGGUUUUUCUCAAAUACUUUGAUGUCAAAGCGCAAAGACUUACGGGUGUUGGUCACGUCUAUGUCAAGAAAUUGGACAAGGUCCAGGAGAUUGCACUACAAAUCAACAAGAUCAUGGGAUGGGACUCAACUACGCAGAUUCUUCUCUUCGAAGAGAUCAAGUUUUCCAUGAUUGAAUCCAUGAAGCCGAAGCAAACAUUUCAGCAAUCAGAAAUUCAAGACGGAGACAUCAUCUGUUUCCAGCAGAAUUUUACGGAUUUAGAUUCCUCAGCCAUCACCUAUACCGACGCACGUCAAUACUACGACUACUUGCUGAACAAAAUUCCUGUCAGCUUCUUUCCCAAACCUGGCAGCGAGGGGGAUGCAUUCACUCUCGGUCUCAGUAAGAAAAUGACCUAUGAGCAAUUUUCAGCCAAGGUAGGCGAGCACCUACAAGUCGAUCCGACCCACAUCCGCUUCGCGACGAUCAGUGUGACAAACAACAAAAUCAAAAUUUGGAUCAAGCGUGGGAUGAACCACAAUCUCCAGCAAAUCCUCCAAUCACAAUUCUCAUCAUACGGUGGAUAUGCAACACAUCGUAACGACGCUCUGUACUAUGAAAUCCUAGAAACGAGUCUCGCCGACUACGAGACCAAGAAGAUCAUGAAGGUAGUUUGGCUGACUGAGGGCAUCAGUAAAGAGGAGCAAUUGGAAAUCCUGGUCGCUAAGAACGGCAUCAUUGGGGAUCUGGUUAAUGGCAUCGCCAAGAAGCUAAACAUGGAUGAACAGACUGCAGCCAAUAUUCGAGUGCUUGAAGUUCACGGCGGCAAGAUUCACAAAGAGUUGAUAGAAGAUUUCAACGUUGGUGGAGUCAAUGAGUUUACCACUCUAUACGCAGAGAAGAUUCCUGAUGAUGAACUGAGGGCUUCAGAUGACGACAGAUUCAUCUAUUGCUACCACUUUGACAAAGAGGCCAAUAAGCCACACGGCGUUCCCUUCAAAUUUAUGCUCAAACCCGGAGAGCCGCUGAAAGACACCAGGGAAAGAAUAAGCAAAAGAACCGGAAUCAAGGGUAAACUUCUGCAGCAGAUCAAAUUUGCUCUUCUUUCGAGAGCGGUUUAUGCAAAACCAAGAUACCUUGACGAUGAGGAUGUGAUUGUCGACUUGAUUCAGGACGGGGAUGAGAUGCUCGGCUUGGAUCACGUCAACAAGGCAAGGAAUUUCUGGGGGCGAGCUGAGGGGAUGUUCAUCCGGUAG